GUCUCUCGUGUCUCUUUGUCCUCCUGUGUCCUCUCUCCGCUCUGUCCCCGCGCCCCGAGCCCUCUGCGCUCUGUCUGCUGUCACUUUUGUCUCAAACCUCCCAUAAAAACACGGAAAAUGGCGGUGUAACGGCAGGUUCGGCAGCGGCAACAUCCUGGCAGUGCAUCGGCAAAGGGCGCUGGCAUUUUUUGGCAAUAUGGCGUCGUUCUGGGCAUUACCCCAGUGCUUUACUGCUUGGGACAGCAGUGUGUCACUCACCUCACCUGAAUCACAUCUUCUCUUAUCAAGUCCUUCACUGAAGCGGAGCAGCCAUGAUGCUCUCAGAGCUGGACCUGGAGGACGUGGAGGCCCUGCACUCAGGGUCCUCGUUUCUGACGGCUGACACUUUGGGGCCCCUUCUGGACCAUUGUGGUGAAGCUCUGCUUGGCCUGUCUUCUCUGGAGGAGCCGCUCUCCUCCAUCUCUCCUGUGCACUCCCAUCAUGCACCUCUCCCUGAAGCCAAAGCCUCAGACCUGAUGCUGCCAUGGCUUGGAACUAGUGACCUGCUGGACAUUGAGUGUCCGCAGGAAGAAGAUGCUUUGCUGGCUAUGGAGUGGGUGUCUGAGAAGCUGGAGCUGGGUGAGCUGGACCUGGACUCUCUGCUGGACUCGUCUGACGACUGUCCUGACUCUCCUUACUCUCCUGAUGCUGUGCCGGCCCCCUGCCCCCAGCCUGACCUGACCCCUGCCUUGACCCUCGAGAGCCCAGAGGGAGCAGUGAAGAGCGAACCCCUGUCCCCGGCCCUCAGCCCGGAGCUGGGCAGUGAGGUGGAGCUGGGGCAGGACCUAGUGGAGGGGCCCAGUCACUCUCAUAGUGACAGUGACAGCGACUCAGGCAUCGAAUCGUCCCCUCCCCACACCCCCCAGAGCUGCAAGAGCAAGCCCUACAGCCGCCCACAGCCAGACACAAAACCCUCCCGCCCACUCAAGCCUGUCAAGACCGUGGAAAAGAAGCUCAAGAAGAUGGAACAGAACAAGACGGCAGCCACACGCUACCGUCAGAAGAAGAGGGUGGAGCAGGAGGAGCUGAAUGCAGAGCGCCUCCUCCUGGAGCAGAAGAACCAGGAGCUGUCAGAGAGAGCCCAGGCCCUCAGCAAGGAGAUCCAGUACCUCAAAGACCUGAUGGAGGAGGUACGCCGCCACCACCAGAGCAAGACCAGAACAGCGACCAAGUGAGACGCAGUGUCCAGAUGGGCCCGAGCCCUGCGUGUGUACAUAGAUUUGUGCUGAUGCUUUUUCUUUCACAGUGCUACUUUAGCUUGUAUAAACGCUUUGCUCUUCUGAUUUCAAUAAAUGUCUAUUCUCCUGUUGAA